CACUAGCAGCUAGCCAUCGCCAGCCGACCUCCUGUGUGCCCGACGCCGCCGGAGGAACUCACCCCAGCGGGCACCCCAGCUGUCACUUUACAGACACGGAAACUGAGCUUCCGUGAGGCCACGCCUGUACCCAGGGGUCACCCCGCGGGACUGGCAGGGGCCUCCUCUGUUGGGCCGUACCGCUCCUCGGAGCCAAGGGCCGAGCGCAGCUUGAGGCGCCUGUUCCCGGCCGCUACUGCGCCCCGGCCCCAGCCCGGGACGGCGGGGGAGGAGCGCGGCGGCCGCCGCCGUGGCGAAAGUGCGGCUGCGGACGCGCGGCAAGGCCGGCGGCGGCGGCGGCGGCGAGGGACUAGGCUGAGGAGCUCGGCGGCCGCUGCGGGGCAGGGGCCAGGAGGGCGCCAUGGGCCGCCUGCACUGCACUCAGGACCCGGUGCCCGAGGCCGUGGGCGGCGACAUGCAGCAGCUGAACCAGCUCGGCGCUCAGUUCUCAGCGCUGACAGAAGUGCUUUUCCUCUUCCUGACCGAGCCCAAGGAGGUGGAACGGUUUCUGGCUCAGCUCUCAGAAUUUGCUGCCACCAAUCAGAUCAGCCUUGGACCACUCCGAAGCAUCGUGAAAAGCCUGCUCCUGGUUCCCAGUGGUGCCUUGAAGAAGAGCCUGACGGCAGAGCAGGUCCGGGCGGAUCUCCUGACUCUGGGUCUUAGUGAGGAGAAAGCCACUCACUUUUCUGAAAAGUGGAAGCAGAAUGCCCCCACCCUUGCUCAGUGGGCCGUAGGCCAGACUCUGAUGAUUAACCAGCUUAUAGACAUGGAGUGGAAGUUUGGAGUGACGUCUGGGAACAGUGAACUGGAGAAAGUAGGAAGUAUUUUUUUACAAUUAAAGUUGGUGGUUAAGAAAGGAAAUCAGACUGAACAUUUGUACCUAGAAUUAACCUUGCCUCAGUUCUACAGCUUCCUGCACGAGAUGGAGCGAGUCAGAGCCAGCAUGGAGUGUUUCAGCUGAUGUCUGUUCCCCCGCGUCCCGGGACCCCUCCUGCCUUCCGUCCCGACUGCUCUGGGAGGCACUCCCUCCCGGCCUUGGGGUGCUCCACGCCGCUGCUGGCUCCUGGGAGUCAGGUGCGAGGCUCCUGAACAACCCCGGGAUCCAGCCCUGGCUCCCCUGUAAAGACGUUGGCAAGGCGACCCCGCCUGUCUCCCAGGACGCAGCGAGGCGCUCCCACAGGCUGCUCACCCAGGUUCAGGGCAGCAAGUCAACCGCCGCCUCCCGAUCCAAGUCCUCAGAAAGCUAAAGGUGCCAUCUCGUGAUGCUACGCGGAUAACCCCUCUCCCCAGAAGCAGCGCUCCUUAUGGCCAAGGAAGAGGCAGGCUGCGUGAGUGACAAGGGCAGUGCCCCGGCCACUGGAUGUCUCCUGCUGGUGCUGUUGGUUUUUAAUGAGUCACCUGUGUCUAGAUCCCUGAUCAGUCUCUGAAAAGAAGAGAGGCUAAACUCCGCCCCCACUUCCGGUGUUGUCCAGUGGUAUUGUAGUAAGACAGGAUGUUGAGGCUACCGGAGCUUGUUUUGGUUCAGGCUGACCACGUCUCGGUUAGACGAUGAAUAAAAAGCUCGUGAAGGUCUUGA